AUGGAUGAUUGUAGCGAAAUUGUCGACCUCAAUGUCGUGAAUGACAAAGCUGAUGCCGCCAGCACCUCGUCAAUUAGUGGUUCAAAAAAUAAAGUCGAAAAUAUUCCUAUUGCUUUUGAAGCGUUUACAUGCUUAGAUACUGCUUUCCGAUGGUUUAAAGCUCAAGAUGAAAGCUACCAGUAUCAGAUAACUGUCCUGAAAAAAGUGCGUGACUUAGCUGCGCGUCAGAGGGUAGGUUUGCUUCAAGAGACCAAAGUUAGGGACUUCUUUAAACGUUAA